AUGGCCGCGUCCUGCCUCGCCUCCGUCUUCGCCUGCUGUCUCCGUCGCGGCCGCUCAGCCAGCCCGGGACGAGACGGCCCUGACGAACGCACGCACCUCAUCCCACCGACGUCCGAUGAGCCUUCCCCGGAACCGUAUGUUGUCGACCAGCAGCAGCUCAACGCCCGUUUGGGCCCUAUUGUCCGCGCCAAAGAAGGACUCAUCCCCGCAUGUGCCUCGCGCGCACAACAUUCCCACAGAAAGAUGGUGAACGUGAACACGCCCCUCCCUUUCAACCUCCACAACCGACCGCUGCACGACCCCUCUGGCUCCGCGACGCGCUCACGCUCGGCCUCCGCGCACCUCGACCAGCCGACCAAACAGCGCCGUGUGUCAUACUCGCCCCCGCGCGACUCGUCUGCCUCGCCGUCAAUACCUACAAGCCAUUCGACGUCGUCCCUCCAGCCCGGCGAUGCAUCCUACCUGCCGCCCGAGGCCGACCCCGAGUAUGGCCGCCGCUCGGUGCUCAACGUCCGGCUUGUGCGCGGCGCGCCUGGCAACAGCAUCUGGACCCGGCGAGGCCGCAGCGUGACGCGGGGCAGGUACAGCCGCUUCAGCGAUGAUGGUGGCGCUGCGAGGCAGAGUCGGCAGGAGCAGAAGGUGUGGGACAGGAACGGCCUCGCGAACGGCGACGCUUCCUUGGCAGCUGCAGGGGAAGCGUGUGUCCCUGAGCAUGACAAGGAAGGAAAUGGGGUCGUUCGUGAGGAAGAGCGAGCAGACGAGACGGCGGAGUCUACGCCCCACCCACCAUUAGGUGGCUCGCCGGCCAGCGAGGAUCCCGACGCAGAAGCAGCGGACGGGGCGGCGCCGGACUUCCGCAUAGAGAUCACAGACGUUGGGAAGAUCUCACAGAGCUGGGGCGAUUGA